AUCUCCUUCAGACCCAAAGCUCAUCGUCAUCAUCUUUCUCCAUUCACCAUGGCGACAUCUACUUCUUCUUUGCUCAAACCCAACACUUUGAACUUCAAACACUCUUUACCUCUUCAUCUGCCUCCUCUUCCCAUUCCUCGCUUAUUCAAAUUCACCGGAACGUUGGCUUUGAACGGCCGCCGUUCGGCUAAGUACGCGGUUAAAUGCUUCUUCUCGUCGGAGCAGAGGAAGCAUUCGAUGAGCGCGAGUUUGGGUUCCGACAACCAAUUGAGUUCCAGCUCGAUUGAUAAAAGCCCAUUCGAGAUUGUUGCUCAAACAAUCUCCAGAGCUUUGAAAGCAUUAAAAAGGCCGGCUAUAGCUGCUGUUUUACUGGGUUUGUUGCUAAUGUACGAUCCCAAUAACGCUGCUUUGGCUGCAUCUGGUGGGAGGAUGGCCGGAAGGUCUUUUUCUUCGAGUUCUUCGUCUUCGAGGAGUUAUUCGGUUCCCAGGAAUGGAGGGUCGCGUUUUUCUUCUUCGUAUUCGGUUCCUUAUUACGCGCCUGCUCCGUUUGGCGGUGGUGGAUUUUACAUGGGGCCAGCUUUUGGUGUUGGUGUUGGUGCCGGUUCGAGUUUGUUCUUUAUUUUGGUUGGGUUUGCUGCCUUUGUUUUGGUUUCCGGUUUCCUUUCGGAUCGGUCUGAGAGCAGUGUGCUUACUGCUAGUGAAAAGACUACUGUUCUUAAGCUUCAGGUCGGGUUGUUGGGUAUAGGACGGACUCUUCAAAAGGAUUUUAAUCGGAUCGCUGAAGUGGCUGAUACCUCUACCUCUGAGGGUCUAAGCUUUGUAUUGACAGAGACAACAUUAGUUUUGCUUCGUCAUCCUGAUUAUUGCAUCUCAGGUUAUUCAUCUGUUGACGUGAAACGAAGCAUGGACGACGGGGAGAAACGCUUCAAUCAACUCUCGAUUGAAGAACGGGGUAAAUUCGAUGAAGAGACUCUAGUGAAUGUGAACAAUAUUAAAAGACAAAGUACAAGUAGUCUGAAAGCUAGUGGAUUUAGCAAUGAGUACAUAGUGAUAACAAUAUUGGUGGCUGCUGAGGGAGUACAUAAAUUGCCUGCCAUUAAUGGAAGUGGUGACUUAAAGGAAGCCUUGCAAAAGCUUGCCUCCAUCCCUUCAAGCAAAAUAAUGGCAGUUGAGGUCUUGUGGACACCUCAAAAUGAAGAUGACACAUUAUCGGAGCGAGAACUACUCGAGGACUACCCACUAUUGAGGCCUCUAUAAGAUUGUAUAACUAGAUACCUUGUAUCUUCGGGUAUGGAUUGAACCGCUUCUUAAAUCUCUGUGUUCAUUUGUAUAUAAUAAAACUGAGGUUCUGAUGGUCUAAAGAUCGAUUUCGUGUGGUAAACUGGAUUGCAUAUAUAUUGAGAGGGUAUAUAUUUGCUUGAAAGAUUAGUUUUUCCCC